AUGUACCAUCAGUUGUGGCCUGGCAGCCAGCCUCAGUUUGGCCCCAACAUCUGUCUGCCAUCGGCAACAGUAUCAAGAGGGUCAGGGCUUCAAGAUUGUUCCACACAUCAAACGAAAUCAGAUCAUAGCCAUGAUGAAAUAUCAGACCCGUACAGCCACAAAUCAAAUAGUACAAACAAUUCCUGUCUUAUAUCAUCAUCCAAGAGAAGCAGACCUGUCAGUGUUCCAUGGGGUCAGCUGAGAGUAACAGUUUACAAAAAUGGAUCUUGGAGUAGCUUUGCCAAAGUUGUGGUACCUACUAUUAUCCUGCUGCUGGAGGAGAGCACUCCAAAGCUCUAACGGAACAUGGCUGCUGGAACAUUCUUGGCAGACAGUGCGGAGGCACUAGAACCUGCAGACAGACCCCACCAUGUCGACGUUUCUGUUUCAACUGGAGAACCUUUUUUAGAUCCAGUCAAAAAAAUUUUAGACCAUCUGUUGUUAAUGAAGAAAGUAACUUGGACAGUGAAUGGCCUGGUGUUGCCUACUGAUGUCAAAAGAGGGAAAACCAAGUCUCUGCUUUGUAAUAGAAUGAAGAAACAUACCAAGAAGACUUCAGUUUCAGUUUGGGCUUUUCAAAAUGGCGGGGGUCAGGAUGGGUGUGAGAUAACAAUGGGUCAGGAUGCACAAACAGUUCCUCUGCUUGAAAAACGCCUGCAAAAUUCCAUCAUACCUUUGCAGGGACUUGUUUGGGUGGCUAAGGGAGAAGGUUCCAGCCCCUCAGGAGCUAAGAUGUACAUUCAAGGAGUUCUAUUGGCCUUGCACCAACGAUUAAAGUCUGCAAAAAACUAUUGUAAACAGGUGAACAUCAUUAGGGAUAGACAGAAGGAGAAAAGGAGAUGGCCUGAUCUGAAUGUCACAAAACAGGAAAAUUACCAGAGACAGGAGGAAAUGAACAGGGUGAUUGAUGAAUUGCAGACAGCCAUCCAAAGCUACAAAGGUCAUCUCUCUAAACUUGCCCCACAAUUAUAGGCUGAGAAAGAGUGGUGUUCUUCCUUCUGUCUACAACACAUUAAAAGACUUCCAGCAAACACCAUUCUCCCACAAGGUCUGCUUCAGGGGUUCCACUGCUAUCCACUCAAUCUUUCUUCUACUCACUUCUUUGAUGAGAGAGGACAAGAAAUUAAAAACCCACUCUCACCAAAGAAUGAACAAAAAAAAGCUGGGAUUUCUUAUGGUAAAGACUACAGUUUUCUUCUAAAAAUGUAUGAGGAAACAUGUGAAUUACUACAUAAUUUUGUGCUGAUGUCGUCACCAGAAACCAGAACAAGCCCAUCACAGAUGCAGAAGACUGUCUCUGAUACACUUAUUGAUGCAAAAGAGAUUGUGGCUAGGAUCAAGGCCAAAACUUCAAGUGAACCUAUCAGCCAAGAGAGAAUGAAUGGACCACAGGUAUCGCAAGAGGAACUAUAUUUGUCUAAAGAGAUCAUACUCGAUGAAGUUCGACCAUCGAAAGAAACCAAUUUAUUAAUGAAUGCCAAUAGUGGUGACUCAAACAGGGAAGAUAACAUAAGCCUCAAUAGUCCUACCAUGAGAUCUGUGUCUGAUGAAGAGAAAAUCUUGUCUGAAAUCAAAGAGGAGAAACAAACACUAGAAGAAUUAAAAGAGACUAUGGACAAAUACCUCCCAAUCUCACUGCAUAUGGCUAAUAACCAAGAAUCUUCAGAGGAAGAUGGAGACUAUUUUAGAGAAAACUCUUCAAGAGACAAAGGCUAUUUCACAUCAAUAGGUUCUCUGCCAAGCAACCUCCAGGCUUUCCCUUAGUUUGUCCUGACCUACCUAGAGGAGCUAAAUGCAAGAGAGGAUGUGACCCAGACAGAGCAUCACAUUCACCAUGGGGCCUGGACCACAGCUCAUCAGGGACGCGACAGCCGCUUAGCAGAAGAGGUCAGCAGAGUGACACUCCCAAAUCUACAGCUGUUCUCCAAACCUUUAGAUGCCCAUUGAAUGCCAGAAGGUCUGCUGGGGGAAGGGCUGCUAAGCUGACUGUGGCUCAGGAAACUGGAUGAGAAACAUCCUAAGGCCUCUGCUCAAAGGUGGGCCAUAAAUCAUGCAGGGACCAACAAACCAAGCCAGUGGGUACAUUCCAGAGUUGAAGAUCCCUUAUGGAAUAAGCUUACAUAUAUGUGACCAAUUCACAGAGCUGAGAAGGGGCCCCAGCAGCCCACCUGUGCCCUGAAAAGAAUGCUCACUACAAUGCCCGUGACGAGUGGUCAGCCACCAUAUGUGAAGGCUGCCACCGAGAAGUCCAUGCAUCAGCUCCAGAAUCGGUGUACUGAAGCCCUACACUUACCUUCUGCAGCCCCGAGGCUGUUUACUGGAAGAGGGAUGGAAAUCUUCCACUUGAAAGACCUGGAUUGAGAUGAACUGGUAUAUGUAUCCUAUGAAGAAUAGCGGGUCAACCCUAAAGUAACCAUCACUGAACAGAAAAAGCAACUCCUCCUCAGUCAUCUAUACUCAGAUAUUUCCAGAAUCUAGACCUUUUGAGCCAUGUACAAGACAGAGACUCUGAUUUUAGGAUCCCAUGGUGCUAUUAUGCCUGGAGCCAGGGUGGUUGUAAGUAAACCUGAUAUUUGGGUAGAAGAAGAACCACUUAAUGAACCAAAGGAAAAGCAGGAGAAAGAAAAUGCCCCCAAAGCUGGAGAUACUUCUCAGGAAAUUCUAGAUUCACAUGAAAGGGACCUUGUUCCAUGUCAAAAACACCGCAGGGUCGCCUGGCAGCUGACUCCCCCCAAUUCUGAGGAUACCCGGGAGGAAGAAAGAUUCUUCAAAAGUGUUGAAUCAUACAAGAAAUUAAGCAAUUGCCUGAAGCACCGGGUACUGCAGAAGGCCUGCCAUCAGCAGUUUGAAUUCAAAGAUGGGUAUAUUUUCAACUCUUCCAUUCCGAGCCUUGUCUUGGGGGUUCAGCGUCUUAACUUGCGUUCAGGUUCUGGGGUUAUUUUGAUGAGGAAGAAUUCUUAUGAUAAGUAUCAGAAGUGGCUACACAAGGAAGAGACCAGGACAUUUCACCUAAUGAGGAAUCCAGGCCUGGUACUUGCCGUAGCCCUGCCCACAGGUGCAACAGAGGAUGUUGCAGAGGCCACAAGGUACCCUGUUAUUGUUCAGAGAUAUAAACCAUACAGUAAUGGGUCUUCCAAUCAAAAAUGGCUUUAUUUGAAAAACAAUAAUGCGCUAAAGGCCUUUUAUAGCACAAAGUUGGACAUAGAAAUCACGACUGCAAACCAUGAUGGUGUUUGUACAUCAACUGUGGCAAAGGAACAGGAAAUCGACCAAGUAGGCUACUACUUCUGCGCCCCUGGCAGCAAAAAGAAGAUCAUGCUCUGCUUGGCCUGCGCCCGGUCCAUGGUCGGCCAGAAAAAUUUGAAAAAAUUGCUUCCGGGCCACAAGUUCCUCUGUGCCUCUGGUUCCAAGGAACAAAAGCAACUCUGCUUAAGAAACCUCGAAAUUUAUGACUAUAAAAAUGUCAUCAGUGUGCUCCCUGGUGUUUUGCAGGGUGAUUUAUCCUCUUGUGGAGAUGAAUAUAGUCUAAGGCAUCCUGAAGAACUUCGAUUAACUUUUCAACGAGGAAGCUCCAUGCAAACUUUAUCACAUAAUAUUUUGGCAACCAUGCGCCAGACACCGGUGAAAGUAAUUGCAUAUAAAAACGGAACAAGAUCUGCCAAUGGCAAAUUAAUUGUCGCUCAAUCUUUCCCUGUGCUCCUUUCAGGAUGCACAGCACAGCUUGGUCUGACAAGAGCAGCUUCUAGACUCUACACAUAUGAUGGUACCACCAUUCUUAACCUAAAUGAUUUAAUUUUGUGGGCUGUAAAUGAAUUCUUGAAACACAAAGACUCUGAAGAAAAAAAACAUACAUCCCCAGAAGAGAACAAAGAAAUGCCGAUUCAGAGUACAGAAGAUAAAAAACCAAACCAAGGGGAAAUCAAGCCAUCUCCACAAACCAUGAAGUCAUCCCAUUUGCAUUAUUUCAACUCUUCUUUGCUCACCCUCAUUCUUAAAAAUCCUAUAGAAGUCUGGGUUUCAUGUGGGGAACCAUUUAUACCUCUGGAUGCUUUGGAAAGAUCAGAAAAACUUGAGAGAAAGAAUUGGCUAAAGAAAGACAGAAUUUUGGCUGAUCUGGAAUUCAUGAAACACAAAAUGAGACAGUUAAAAGGGCGACGAGUCUUUGAAGGUAAACCUGGAAAAGUGGUUUACACCAAUAGCCCUGCUAGGCACACAGUAGUCAAAGGUAACUGGAUGGAGCCCACCCAGGAGGAGAGGGAGUUACUGAAGCACAUAGUAAGUGCUAAGGCACACCUUUCUAAGGUCCAGAGCCAGCAGACCAAACCCAGCUCUACAGUGUCAACAAAAAAAACCAGCCUGUAUGUUCAGCCCAACACAAAAAGAGUCUUCGCUUACCUCAGUGGUCACGAACGUGAAGACGGUGUUUAUGUCUGGGGCAGAUCCAUUGCAGAGCUUCUGGAUGCAUGUUCCCUGCGCUUCAGAAUGAUGUGCCCAGCCAAGACCAUGUACACCCUGGAUGGAAAGCCUUUGACAUCUUGGAAUGAAAUCGAGAGGGACAUGGUCAUUUGCGUUUCAGCUGGAAACCAUUUUGUAAGCCAUAAAGAUAUAAAGCGACCGGUGGCUAUGCGAGCAAGCUAUGCCCGUGUCAGAAGACUGAAGGGCCCUCUUGCCACAGAUAUUGUUGCAUCUGCCACAGAGAGGCCACCAUCUAAGGUGGCAAGCCCUGGGGUUAGUUGGUUUGGGAGGCCACCUCGGCACCAGCCACAGGAACUUUUACCCCCGAUAGUGAGGGGAGUUAGGUGUCUGAGCCAAAGAUCGAGGGAAUCUCUGCUGAUGGGGAACGCCAGACCCAGCUGUGCUGUGCAGAGCGGCGGGCGAGAAGGAACCAGCAUACAUCCGGUGAGUGCAGAAGUAGCGGGGCAGAAAGUCCCUGGCUGUGGGCACUGA